AUGAGCCAGCAGAGAGAAAACAUGGACGAGGUGCGGAGUGUGGAGAGUGUCACCAACGAGAGCACCGAUGCCACAGAGAUCGUGGCCAAACAAAACCACAAGCUCUUUCACAAGCUCAAGACCAAAGUGCUUAAGUUCCUUGACAACUUAAUCGACCGACAUCAGCUUAAAGAAGCAACUGAUGAACUGAAUGCACAGAGCAAACAAUACAAGACCGUCCCGAUCUCGGACUUGAGUCUAAAAGAGGUGGAAAAAUGCCUCAGGCUUGAAUUUGAUUCGAAAGACACGGAGAUGAAAGAUGUGCAGCCGCUCCCCCUUCCUCCUCGCCUGGUGAGCACACUGGGUCUCAUUGAAAGGACUUUUGGCCACUCUAGAAUCAAUGAGGCCAGUGCGCGAUGGAUCGUGGACUCGGUCAUUAUCAAUGCCUACGAGACUGCAACAUCCACAAUCAGGAAUGCACAGCCGUUGAACGUGCAGUGCGAACGGGGUUACAAAUUCGGUCCUGUGACUCUCAACCGCCAGAAGGUUGUUCUGUCAGGUCGCCCAGACUAUAGUGUCUGGUAUGGAGAGAGCGAGUCUUUGUGCCUCAACGUUCUGAUCGUUGAGGCGAAGGGGCAGAUCAGAGGGACGAACCCUAUCCCCCAACUGCUCGCGUAUAUAGGUACGUAUCUUGCUAUUUAUUUUUGGACAGAAUUUGCCGCCGCGGGCCGUCGGACUCAUCUGGAGCAGCUCCUCGUGUGGAUGUUGAGAAGAGCAGCGGCGCUCUCCCCGUCACAUUCCAAAGAAACGUCCGUGGAGACUGACAACGAGGCGGGGUCGGAGCAAAUGAACAUUGAUAUAACUGGCAAUAUAGAUAUUGCGCAAAAGCAUAUCUGGAUUCGAUAG